AUGGCUGAGCAACAAAACCAAACAGACCUAUCUCCAUUUCCACCACCUCUUCAACAACCGCUCCACCAGAGCGAUGCAGAUGAGGAUGAUGACACCGUUAAGCAACUCAAACAAUGCUCCUCUCUGUACCUCUCUCUGCAGAAGUUAGUUGGAAUUUCUAAUGAUGCAAAAGAGAGAAGAACAUUUGAGUAG